AUGGCUUUCCAACGCCUCAACAUCCGUGCGAAGAAGAGCCUCCCCGGGCUCUAUUCUUUCGAGAACACAAACAGCUACCACUCUCCUAAGAAUGCGACGGCACACCACGAGUUAUCUCCCUGUUUCGAUAUCACUCCCGAUACGGAAGACGAUCUCGAAGACUUCGGGGCCAAACUUGAGCGCUGCAAGGGCACACCCAGCAAAGACAGUCCUUCGAAGCGCAAAAGGCUAUUUGGGUCUCUGCGAAGCCUUCGGUCUUUGGCAAACCUGCACUCAUCUCCAAGCAAGACCAUACAGAUAGAGAAGGAACGCACCGAGACAACUGUGAAUCACAUGCGCUCUAGCACGACACAACUACCUAGGUCCAUAUCGAUUGCACCGCUCAAGUUCGAGCAGUCAAUCUCGGACAAGCUCACCUUCGAGCUCCGCUUGCAUGAUCGUUCCGUAUCAAAUUCCAGUAUGGAAGUUCAGCACUCAUCACCCAUGACGGUCCCGGGCUCAGUCAGGCAGAUAAGUUCGCUCAACAUCAUUCCUUCUGCAAUCGAAUUGCCUACAGGAACAAUACCUAGUACCCCUGGUCCAAUGCAAAGAGCAUUCGAUCGUGAUCCUGCAAACUUUAUUUCUUGGCAGGGUGCUAGUCCUACGCCUUUGGAACGAUACGUUCCCACCACUCCUAUCCUCACGCCGCUGCCAGGCACGAACUUGUCUGCUGAAGAUUUAGAUCGCAGACAUCUCCUCUUGCCUUCGUCCAACAAGCCCUCUGAGAUGCAGAUGAGCCAGGAUAGGCUCGGUUAUUUCGAUAUCCAGGUAGAUGAGCAGCCACAGAUGAACAACACAGACAGACUCAAUGGAUUGGCCUGUCUCAUACUCGCCGAAGAUCAUGAGGAUAUUACUGACAGGGAGGAAAAUGCUGCAAAGCACCUCGUUGCAAAACGAUGCGACCGACCUUGUAGCUCCUCCAUGAAGAUGGGUCAAGCUGGCGUGGAUAUCACGCCGCAGGACAGCGCAAAUGCAUUGGACUGUUCGCAAGGUCAACCCUGCGAAAAUCUUCGCGAGCCACAUGCCGAAGUGUUGGGCAACUCCAUUCGUGCUCAGGCUUUAUCCCGACACAGUCAAGUCCUCCCGUUUCGUCCCAAGCAGAGCGAAGAGGAUCUGCAGGAUCGACCUUGGAAUGACUCGGUCAUAAGCGAAGGUUGGGAAACAUGCAGCGGCAGGCACUCCAUAGAUACGCCCCCAGAGAGAACGCCUGACGGUCCACAUCAGUCCGGCUCGACGAGAACCCCUACCGACAAUAGGACUUCUGCUUCUUCGCAGGGCUGUGGGAGCUCAGUAGAUUGCGGUGAAUCUCCUGUCGACAUCGCAUACAUCGUUUGGGAUAGCCCAAAGAAGUCUCGACUGAGCAAUGCCCGGAAGAACAUUUGGCGCCAGCACACUGGCUUGUAUGAUGGAAGUGCAUAUGGGAAAGUGGAGAGCGGUCCUUCAACGCCUAAAGAGCCGGAUGAGGGUACCAAUGAUGUCCAGAUGCGGCGCGAUCCUCACCCAAACGAGGCAUCUCUGAUGACUCGUUCGAUCCACGGAGAUUGCCACCGAGGGGACAUCAUCAAUUGUCCGGCAAAAGGCGAAAGUCAAAACUCAGAGCGCGUACAAGACUGGCCACCGCGUACUGCCAGCGAGGAAAACGAUGACGAAAGUCUUGAGUUUAUAUAUCGUGCAUACGCUUGA